AUGGCGGGCCCGGGCAGCGACGGGGACCUGCGGCGCCUGCUGAAGCUGCACCGCACCGAGAUCGCCAUGGCAGUGGACGACGUCUUCCCACUGCUGCAUGGCCUGGCGGACCACGAUGUCGUCCCUGACCACAUCUUCAAGGAGACGCUGAGCCGGGCGGAGCGGGAGGGCUCCCACCGCGCUUUCCACGCGCUGCUCACCUGGCUGCUGGGCCGCCACACCGCCGCCCUCCGAGACUUCUGGGCCGUCCUCUUCAAGGACUACAACCUGGAGCGCUACUCGCGGCUCCGGCCUCUCCGCGGCGCCUUCCCCAGAGAGGUGGAGCUGGGGCGGCAGCGCCGUGGAAGGCGUCUCUCCCCAAGCCCCACAGCACCGGCCCCACACAGACCCCAAGGCAAGAGGAAAGCCCCCGAGGAGCGGGACAAGGCCCGGGCGGCACAGCCCGCUCCACGGCACAGUGCCAGCCCUGGGCCCCUGGUGAAGGCAAAGACUGUGAAGAAGCCGGAGGGCACAGAUACCCCCCGCACCUCUCGUGCCAGCGCUCUCCAGGCAGUGGCUGCCUCGGUGCAGAGAGCGGUGGCUGUGGCAGGUGGUGAGGUGCCCGUCAGCCGUGGGGCCAUCGAGGGCAUCCUCAUUAAACACGUGCUGGACCCAAACAGCUCCAAGACAGGCAGCAGAGCUGGUGACAAGCCAUAUACCCCAACUGCCUGCGAGGAGCCAGAGGCCAGGAGCAAAAGCCACAGUCUGAAGCCCCCCACCCAGCCCAAGGCAUGCCAAAGUAACAGGGAACCCCAAUUGCACCCCCAGGGCCAGCUGCAAGCAGCCACUGUCUACAGCCAGGAUCCUGUGCCCCACCAGGAGAACGAGGAUGAGUGUGCAGCAUGCGGUGAUGGUGGUGAGCUCAUCUGUUGUGAUGGCUGCCCCAGGGCCUUUCACCUUGCCUGCCUGGUGCCCCCGCUGCCCCACGUCCCCAGCGGGACGUGGCGAUGUGGCUCCUGUGUGGAGAACGUGACUGAACCAGGCCAGCUGCUGGAGGCAGACUUGCCUGUGGAGAGACCCCCCGAGGUCCUGGGGGAGGCGGCGCGGGACACCCAGCCGGGUGGAGUGGAGGGGAGCGUCUGCAGCCGCUGCUGCGCCCGGGUCCCCACUCCCCACCACUGUCCUGCUCCCAGUGGGGACCCCACGGGGCUACAGCUGUGCAUGUCCUGCACGGGCACCCUGGACACAGGAGGUCUGGGCACCACUGCAGCAUCUGGAGACCAACUGCUUCCAGCAGCCAAGGCAGAGGAUGGAGCCCUUGGCAGUGACCCUGUGCUGAGCCGGGAGGAGCUUGAUGCACUGCUAGGUGAGAGCACAUGGGAUGGGAUCUUGCAGUGGGCAUUCCAGACCAUGGCACGACCGCUGGCAGAAACACAGGGGCUCCUCACCUAGUGCACAGACCAAGCAGCAGAAUCCACAUGGCAAGCCAUGAAAAGGCAGCC